CAAUAUGUGACCAUAAAGGUAAAAUUUACACAAUAAAAAUGAAUGCGAGGUUUCGAACAAGUACCAAAUGUAAACAAACCGAAGUCGGAUUUUCUUGUAGAAGGUUUUCCAAAGCCAUAGAAUCACAAUGAGACGACGUGCUGGAGUUGGUGCUAUUCAGAGACAGAAAAUACAGCAAGAUAAAUUUAAGGAGAAAGGAAGUGAGAUUCAGGAAAACCAGUUGGAACAGAUGACUCUUCAAAUGGAGAAAUUCCGUGAAAAUUUGGAAGAUUUUGCAGCCAAGCAUAAGAAUGAAAUCAAGAAGAACCCACAGUUCAGGAAACAGUUUCAGGAGAUGUGUGCCUCAAUUGGUGUGGAUCCUUUGGCUUCUGGGAAGGGCUUCUGGUGCGAGAUGCUGGGCGUGGGAGAUUUCUACUACGAGCUCGGGGUGCAGAUCGUGGAGCUGUGCGUGGCCACGAGUCAUCGGAACGGCGGCGUGCUCUCCAUGGACGAGGUGCUGCGGAAGCUGAACCAGAGGAGGCGGCAGGAUAAUCAGAUUUCCGCUGAUGAUGCAAUACGUGCUGUCAAGAAACUACGUGUCUUGGGCUCCGGAAUGGAGGUGGUUGCAUCAGGAUCAUCCCAGUUCAUAUACUCUAUUCCCGGCGAACUCUCUAUGGAUCACACAACUCUUUUGCAGCAGGCUGAGAAGGCAGGCCAUCUGACAGUGGCCUCCACAGCCUCGAGCUUAGGAUGGACUAACGAGAGGGUGGGCCGCACUCUGGACCACCUGCUUCGUGUGGGUGUUGCUUGGAGAGAUGAUCAGGACCACCCAGCUUCCUAUUGGUUCCCGGCCUUCUUCCAGCAGUGUGCAGUGACAGAGUAAUAAUAACUUCUUUCAGUUUUUAGGUUUCUUUUAGUCACUCUCAAAGUGGUUUUGACAUUAUACCCAACUGAUUUGAUUUCGAUUUUGAUUUCUUUCUCUUUCUCUCUGAUAUUAUAUCCAGGUGAUUAUGAUAAUUUUUCCUUUUGAAUACUCUUUUUUAUGUGAUUUAGCAGUUUUAUGUCAGAUUUUUCCAACGUUGCCUUAAAACUAGUUCCUAUGGUAGAGGCUUUUUGUUCCCAGCGUGUCAUACCUGUACGAAAAAUGCCACUCGUUUCACCUCGGUUUAUCCUUGCCUUGUAACAAAUUUACAUUCUGCAUAGGAAAUCACUACCAAUAAAACACGGAAGAGAUUAGAGAUAAUGCAAAAUAUUUUAUUUAACUAACAUUGUGCAUUUAUUUUUUCAUUCAGUGCUCAGGUAUUUUCCUACACCUCAAGGAAUUUAAAGAUUUCUAUUAUGGAUACUCAAAAAAUUAGAAAACAUAAACAAGCAACAGUCCUAGCAAUGUCUAAUGGCAGAUCAGUCCACUGUUAGGUUAAUCACAGUUAGGAUACAAUAUCCAUACUGUAAUUCUUCAUUGAAAAUAAAAUUUUAUUUGUUAUCUCAAAACAAAA